AUGACGGUACCAAAGCUUGAAGAUGAACUAGAAAACCUCAGACCAGUGGUAGUAGUUGAUGAUUCGAAUUCGGCCGAGAAGCCAAAUUUGAAAGGUGAUUGGUUGAAUUUUUUCCUAUUGUUGUUGCUGUAUACGAUGCAAGGCGUACCGUUUGGUUUAGCAUUGGUAAUGCCAAUAAUUUUGCAGAGCAAGAAAAAUGUAUCUUACAAAGAUCAGGCUAUAUUCAGUUUAGUUGUAUGGCCGGAAAGCUUAAAACUGAUAUGGGCCCCUUUGGUAGACGCGCUGUACGUGCAAAAGAUGGGAAGACGAAAAUCAUGGCUCAUACCGGUUCAAUAUUUAAUGGGAGCAUGCUUAAUUUAUAUGGCCAGCAAUAUUGAUGAAUGGUUGCCAGAAACGCGAAAGCCAGACAUACUGAAAUUGGUAUACUCAUUUUUCUGCAUGGGAAUGUUGGCUGCCACGCUAGACAUAGUUGUCGAUGGUUGGUCAUUAACAAUGCUGAAGAGGAAUAACGUGGGAUAUGCAUCUACUUGCAAUUCAACCGGUCUGGUGAUGGGCAUUAUGAUAAGUUAUAUAUUUUCAAUCUUUUUUACUUCAGAAGACUUUAGCAACAAGUACUUACGGUUUAGGCCAGAUGUAGGAGGGGUGUUCACUAUGAACAGUUUAUUAUAUGCUUGGGGUGUUCUUUUUAUAUUAAUAACUACAUUGAUUGCAAUUUUUAAAAAAGAAAGAGAUAACAGAUUAGAGGAUGACCACGUAAAGCUCAACAUUGUUCAAAACUAUUCACUUAUAUGGGACAUUUUAAAACUACCUGGUAUUAAAUUAUUGGCAUUAACAUUGCUGACAGCUAAGAUUGGAUUUGCUGCAACUGACAGUCUUGCGAUUUUAAAACUUAUUGAUGCGGGAGUACCAAAAGACAACGUUAUGUUUAUACAAACACCACUGUUUGUUGUAAAAAUGUUUUUGCCACUAGUUGUAGCGAAAUACACUUCUGGUCCGAAACCGAUGAACGUAUACCUAACAGCAACACCCUUCAGAUUACUUUUGAAUAUUUCAUUUGGGGUGUUUAUUUACUAUACACCGACAUUGAUAAUAACGAAUGGGUUUGUUAAUAUUCCAAUGUAUUACUAUGCACUUUUAAUAUUUUUAGUGUCAAUACAAGAUAUUCUAGAUAACAUUAUGAGAGUAGCUUUGUUAUCUUUUUUCUCUCGAAUAAGUGAUUCACGUUUUGGUGGUACUUACAUGUCAUUAUUGGGUACACUUUCAAGUUUGGGAGGAGCAUGGUCGUCUUCGGUCACCAUUGGAAUGGUAGAUUUCCUAACGUUUAAACAAUGUUCUUUAGAUCACCAGAAUAGUUGCUCUACAGCAAAUCUAAAAAACAUGUGUAAAACAAUUGGAGGUGAUUGUGUUGUUAUAGUGAACGGGUAUUACGUAGAAACGGCUGUGUGCACCAUUAUAGGAAUCAUUUGGUUUUGUAUAUUUAGAAAGAUCCUUAACAAUAUUCAAACUAAGGGCCGUUCUUAUUGGUUGGUCGAUAUAAAGAGACCAAGAUAA